AUGGCCGACGCAGGAGAAGAAACCGAGGAAGAGAACGAGCUCCUCAAGCCGGGGGCAAACUUGGCUUUGUGGGGAGCCGCUGCGGUUGAGGUCCAGAACAACCCAGACUCACAAUCUGCAGUUUGUGAUGCUGUCCUGAAAGAUGGCCGCGCGUUGAUCCAUGCCACGCCGAGCAUGAAGGACCAUAAAGAGGUUGCAUUGAAAGCGGUGUCAGCCGAUGGCACUGCUCUCAUGUUUGUCUCGGAGACGCUACAGCAAGACAAGGACAUUGUGCUUGCCGCUGUCCGCCAAGAUGGCACUGCGCUGCGUCUGGCUGCCGAAGCGUUGGCGGCUGAUAGAGAUGUUGUGCUUGUAGCUGUUGGCCAAUCUGGCCUAGCAUUGCGCCAUGCCGCCGAAGAGUUGCGCGACGAUAAGGACGUUUGCCUGACAGCUGUGCAGCAAAACGGUCGGGCAUUGAAGUACGCUUCAGAAAGAUUGCGUGCCGACAAAGAUGUGGUUGAUUUGGCCAUGGACAACACCACAGAAUCUUUGCCAUAUGCUGGUGAGGAAUUGAAGAAGGAAUGGGAGACUGUCCUCACAGAGAGGUGGAAAGCAGCGGGUCUCCACAUCGAGAGGCGAGUAGCAGGGCAGAUCGUGAAUCAGAUAUCGACCAAUGGAAUUUGA